CUUCCCGUUGAUGGCCAUGACCACAAAUGGCCUCUCUUCUAAGUUGAUUCGAUCUUUCCUCCGCUGUUUCAACUCUUCUUCUCCCUCCUUCACCACCCCCAAGUUCCGUUUCGCUCAAAGAACAACCAUUAACACAACAACAUCCACCACCACCACCAUCUUUCCACCUCCACCACAACCGCAACAAACCACCACAACCGUCAUUGACGACGACAAACUCCGCCGUGACUGGGUUUAUGAUUUUGAAGACACCAAAAGCCUUUUCUCAUCCGUUAAGACUGGGAAACUGAUACGAUCGACGGCGAACCUUAGCAUGGCUUCCGUCGAGCCGGUGGUGGAUUUAGGCAUGUGGGUGAUGAGUUCUAGGUUGAUGCAGGUGGGAUUUUUCAGAGAAGUGGUGUUGAGUGUGAUCAAACAUACGGUUUAUGAACACUUUGUUGCAGGUGGUCAUACCGGUGAGGCUGGUCAGACGGUGAAGAGAUUAUGGGAGUCUGGAUUAAGAGGUAUGUUGGAUUAUGGUCUAGAGCAUGCAGUGGACAAUGAAUCGUGUGAUAAGAACACACAGCAGUUCAUCAAGACCGUUGAAUCAACUCAAUCUCUUCCUCCAUCUUCUGUUAGUUUUGUAGUGGUGAAGAUCACUGCGAUUUGCCCGAUUUCAUUGCUAAAGAGUGUGAGUGAUCUUCUUAGAUGGGAAUACAAGAAUUCAUCUUCAUUUGUACUUCCAUGGAAGCUAAAAACUCUGCCCAUAUUUGCGGAAUGCAGCCCUUUAUACCACACAUUAGAGCAACCAUCCCCUUUGACACCAGACCAAGAACAUGAUCUUGAAUUAGCCCACCAAAGACUAAUCAGUAUAUGUAAUAAAGCCUUUGAAAGCAACGUGCCUGUAGUUAUCGAUGCCGAGGAUACUUCUAUCCAACCGGGCAUUGAUUACUUCACAUAUUCGGCUGCAAUAGUGUACAACAAGGGCCAAAAGCCUCUGAUUUCUGGGACCAUUCAAGCGUAUUUGAAGGAUGCCGGCCAGCGGUUGUUUGAGACCAAGAAAGCUGCUGACAAAAUGGGAUUGCCGAUGGGGUUUAAGCUCGUGAGAGGGGCUUAUAUGUCGAGCGAAAGGAAACUGGCUAAUUCUCUUGGUGUUGAGUCUCCAAUUCACAAUAGCAUCAAUGAUACACACCAUUGUUUCAAUGGGUGUGCUUCAUUCAUGCUUGAUGAGGUUUCAAGUGGCCCUGGUGGGCUGAUUGUUGCUACCCAUAAUCUUGAAUCAGGAAAACUGGCUGCCCAAAAGGCCCGUGAUUUGGGAAUCGGGAAAGAUAGCCAUAAACUGGAGUUUGCAUCACUUUAUGGAAUGGCGGAUGCUAUGAGUUACGGACUGAGAAACGCAGGGUUUGGCGUGAGCAAGUACUUGCCAUUCGGACCUGUUGACGAGAUCAUGCCUUACCUUUUGCGAAGAGCAGAAGAAAACAAAGGGCUGCUCUCAUCUUCAUAUCUUGAUCGACAUUUGAUGAUGAAAGAGUUGAAAAGGAGAGUAACUGCUUUUAUUGGGCAAGGAUUGGCAGAAAGAUUGAAAUGUAGGAACAUAGUCCAAGUUAAAAUGUAGAAACAGAUUCAGUUUGGGCCUUUUGAUUGUUCCCAUAAUGUUCCAAGAUUGUACAUAAAUCAAUAGGAACAUAGGGUUUGUUUCUUUGAGGAUGAUAAUAAUAAAAGACGGAGAUGUUUUUCAUGAAAAA